AGGAUGAAAACGCUGAGGCGGCACCCACGCGCGUCGCUUCAAGGACAACUUUAGAAGCCCGCUGGCAGCGCCAGGCGGUCACCUGAUGGGGCACACGCGUUGCGACCUAGAAGCGCUUGCCAGAGAUCACGUGUUUCUUGCGGAGCAAAGUCGACGAGCCGUAGGAAGGACAGUGACGUCAGCACGCACCGUCCUGGAGAUCUUAACCGGACAGGCGCUGUGUAGAGGUCAGCGCGUCUCAUACGCAGGUGUCGUUCUUCACUCCCCACCUUCGUGCGAAUUAAGAGCGGCGAAGCGCAAUGGGGGCGGGACCGCUUAUCUGACGCAGAGGGCGCCCAGUCUAGGUGACGCCGGUUGAGGCACUGCCGUCAUCGCCGUCCCUUUUCCGGAGAAGAAGCUCCGCCCCUUUCCCCUUGGGUCGGAGGAGCCGGUUCCUUCCACUGAGCUGCUGUCGCCGCCUCCGCCUUCUGAAGCCCCUCGGGAUGAAGAUCUGGAGUUCGGAGCACAUCUUCGGACAUCCAUGGGAUACUGUAAUAAAAGCUGCUAUGCGAAAGUAUCCCAAUCCCAUGAACCCUUCUGUGGUAGGAGUUGAUGUUCUGGACCGAAGCCUUGAUAAUCAGGGAAGGUUGCACAGUCACCGACUUCUGAGCACUGAAUGGGGACUGCCAAGUAUUGUUAAAGCUAUUCUGGGAACAAGUAGAACUGUUACAUAUAUUAAAGAACAUUCUGUGGUAGAUCCAAUGGAAAAGAAAAUGGUGCUAUGUUCCACUAAUAUUACUCUUACAAAUCUUGUAUCAGUUGAUGAACGAUUAGUUUAUACACCGCACCCUGAAAACCCUGAAAAAACUGUGCUAACCCAAGAAGCAAUUAUUACAGUGAAAGGUGUUAGCCUCAGCAGUUACUUGGAAGCUUUAAUGGCAAGCUCAAUAUCCUCCAACGCUAGAAAGGGUCGAGAAGCCUUGGAAUGGGUGAUUGGCAAACUUAACACAGAGUUUGAGGAACUAACUUCAUCAACGCGAGGGAAUGUGAAGGCAGCAAUGGCAGCAGCUUCAAUGGAGAACUGAUGGACUCUUAACAGAGAACUUUAUUUUUCCAUUAGAUUUUUUUCUUGCCAAGAUGGAUACUCCAUAGUUUUUUAUAUAUUUGUUUAUAUAAUGAAAAUUUUACCGGAUAGAAGUUACAUCCCCUCCCACCCCAAAUGUGCAGUCUCUGAGGCGUCUCUUUGUUCACAGUACAGAUUAAUGUUUAGUUAAAAAUUCCCAUGAUACAGUAGCCAAAUCAUGGUGACAUCAAGUCCCACUAAAGUGAAUAGAUGCUCAUCAGAUACAUAAUUACCAAACUGUGCCUUGAUCAGAAAGCUAGAGAACAGUUUUGAAUUUAUAUUACAUUUUGUUGUGCUUGAUGCUUAAUAUUUAUUUAUUUUUUUUAAAGCGCAGCUGCAGUUGUUCUGAAAAGGACACGUAGGUACAAAAGCACUGGAAAUUUUGUCAGUCUCUUAUGGCUAGUUAAGAAAAGGGAAAAUGACAGCACAGGGGGGUUGACAGAGAAAGCUUACUCUGUGACAGUUUACCCAAUAUUGCCGCAGCAAGGCCUUUUUGCUUUAUGAGACACUUGUGCACACUUCACUGAAAUGAAGGUUAAUGGAGCAGCAUGGUUGUCUGGGAGGGCUGUGCCCUCAGCUGAAGGCCUCAGGUCUCUGAAUGACGCUUGGUCUUCCUGGGUACUUCUUGCUCUAUUGAAAUGCAGAGUCUGAACAAAACUUGCAAUACUUUACCUCUAGUAUUUAUCCUCAAACCACUGAUAAAGGUAGAAAUCCAGAUCCUAUGCUGGAGUAAUAAAUUUGGAACCUUUUUUUUAAUCUA